AUGGAGAACCCGUCGCUGGAGCGCACGUUCCGCGGGCACAAGUCGGCCGUGACGGGCGUGAGCUUCCACCCGAAUGUGCAACAGGUGGCGUCGUCGUCGCUGGACGGGCUGGUGAUGGUGUGGAACUUCAAGCCGCAGCUGCGCGCCUUCCGCUUCAAGGGGCACGCGGGGCCCGUGCACUCGGUGUGCUUCUCGCCCACGGGGGACGUGCUGGCCUCGGCCUCGCAGGACCGCACGGUGCGGCUCUGGACGCCCACGGUGCGCGGGGACUCGGUCACCAUCAAGGCCCACGCCGGCGCCGUGCGCUCCGUGAGCUUCUCGGCCUCGGGGCGCGAGCUGCUGACGGCGUCCGACGACAUGUCGCUCAAGGUCUGGACGCUGCCCACACGCCGCUUCCGCUGCAGCCUCACGGGCCACAGCAACUGGGUCAGGAGCGCCAGGUUCAGCGCCGACACGAGGCGCAUCGCCUCGGGCAGCGACGACAAGACGGUGAAGCUCUGGGACACGGAGACCAAGCGCUGUCUGCAGACGUUCUACGAGCACUCGGGCAUCGUCAACAGCGUGGCCUUCCACCCGGCGGACAACAGCAACACGUUGGCUUCCGGCAGCUACGAUCGCAGUGUGAACUUGUGGGACACGAGGUCGGGCAGAUUGGUGCACCACUAUAAGGCUCACGAGGCCAGCGUGACGUGGGUGGCGUUCCAUCCGACGGGGAACUACCUGCUGUCAACGUCGCAUGACAAUUCCAUCAAGUUGUGGGAUGUGAGGGAGGGCCAAGUGCUGUACACGAUGCAGGGGCAUGAUGGGGCCGUGAACUGCGGAGAGUUUUCUCAGGAUUGCAAGCUGCUGGCGUCAGGGGCUGUGGAUUCGUGUGUGUUGGUGUGGGACGCGGAUCUGGACAAGUGUCUGCAGGUGGAGCGACUGGCACCACGCGUGGAGGCGACGGCUGCUUUGGAUGAGCGACGCAGGAGUGAGGUGCAUGGAGUCAGUGCUGGGGGUGACGAAGCAGCUCGAACCGUGGAAGUGCCUGCAAGUUCCCCUCCUCCGACACCGACAUCCACGCCAGUGCCAGCUCCGCAGUUGAAGCCAAGGCACCCGUACGCAGCUUCUAAAUACGAGGUGCGACCGACGAGCUCACCGCUGAGGUCUCCGUUAUCCAGUGGAUCAGCGAUGUCGAUGCCUCCACCGCCACCUCCACCUUCAACGCCUCUACAGAUGCCCAGGUCGCCUGGAGGCGAGGCCAAGUUCCCGACGAGCCCCAAUGGAACACCGUCGAACCGUGCUGCGGGAGAUCAGCUCUCUUUCUCUGUGGAUAUGAAUAACACCCUGCAACACAUCGUGGGUCAGCUCGAGAUCGUUACACGAACUCUAUCAGUACUGGAGAAGCGGAUCUCCAUCAAUGAGGACCGGAUCUGUGAGAUGGCUAGGGUACAAAAGGAGAUACUAGAGCGCCAGAAGCAAGCAGCGCGGCGAGCCGAGUCUUGA